AUGAGCUCAAGAGCUGCUUCCCCACUGCGGCGCGUGUUGACGCGCAGGCUCACGUGUACGCCCCGUAUGUUGCUGUCACCCUAUACAGUUUGUAGACGGCCGUUACAUUGGACUACGAUUGCAAGGAAGUCAAAACCGAGGAAUUCUUCUGAGUCCACUCCGGGGAACCAUAACACUGUGGAUUCCAAUGAUGAGGAUUUUGAAAGGGUAAGGAGGCAAGUACAGAAAUAUUUCAAAGAAGGUGGCACAGAGAUGCAGAGAAGGCAGAUAGAUGAGGAGUUGAAGAAACUGGAAGACACUGUGGCCAGGCAACAGAAGCAGGAAAAGGAUCUAGAACAGCAGGGUGAACCCCUAGCGGGAGAAGCACGUACUGCUAAAGACGGCGAGGAUGCUGCAGGGAAACCUUCGACCUAUACGAAAUCCCCCUCCGAUGCCUGGGACAAAAGACAAAGACAAAAGGCGUUUGAUGAUGCCAAGGAGGAAAACCCUUUCUUCACUCCAAUAAACGAGAGAAAUAGUUCGAGUAAUGGCGGUAACAAGGGUCCCCAAGAUACGAACAGCAGCGGUGGGGCUCCACCACCGCCACCAACGAAUAACGUCAAUCUGUUCCAGUUAGGGUUGACCUUCUUUCUGAUAUCGUUGCUGCUCGAUAUGUUUAAUAAACCGGAAGAGACCAACGAAAUAUCGUGGCAGGAUUUCUACACGCAAUACCUGAGCAAGAAUUACGUUACCAGACUCGUCGUAGUCAAUAAGGCACUCGUUAAAGUAAUGUUGAAUGAAAUGGGCCAGUCACAGUCGCCCCAAAACACAAACAUGGUCUACUUCACUAUAGGGUCCAUCGAAAGUUUCGAACACAAACUGCAGGCAGCGCAGGACGAACUGAACAUAGACAAGGAUUUUAGAGUACCCGUGAUAUAUCUACAGGAGGGGAACUGGGGCCGUGCCCUGUAUCAGAUCUUACCAACGGCACUUAUGAUUGGUGGUAUAAUCUGGCUAACGAGAAAAUCGGCACAGGCAGCAGGUGGGGGACGCAAUGGGAUCUUUGGCUUGAGCCGUUCCAAAGCGAAACAGUUCAACACUGAAACAGCGGUGAAGGUCAAGUUUAAGGAUGUGGCCGGUUGUGAUGAGGCGAAGGAAGAGAUUAUGGAGUUUGUCAGUUUUUUAAAGGAACCGUCUCGGUACGAAAAAAUGGGUGCCAAGAUCCCAAGAGGGGCCAUUUUGUCAGGACCACCUGGGACCGGGAAAACUCUGCUGGCUAAGGCUACCGCUGGUGAAGCAGGGGUUCCAUUCUACUUUGUCUCAGGGUCCGAAUUCGUGGAAAUGUUUGUCGGUGUAGGUGCGGCUAGGGUCAGAGACUUGUUCAAAACCGCAAGAGAGAAUGCCCCAUCUAUUGUGUUCAUAGACGAAAUUGACGCGAUAGGUAAAGCCAGACAAAAGGGGAACAUCUCCGGUGCCAACGAUGAAAGAGAGAACACUCUGAACCAAAUGCUGGUAGAGAUGGACGGGUUUACCGCAGCAGACCACGUUGUGGUCCUUGCAGGGACCAACAGACCAGAUAUUCUGGAUAAGGCGUUGCUGAGACCAGGUCGUUUCGACAGACACAUAAACUUGGACAACCCAGAACUAUCAGGACGCAAAGACAUAUUCGCGGUCCACUUGCAAAAAUUGAAGCUGGCCGGCGACAUCUACGACCUCAAGAACAGAUUGGCGGCCUUAACUCCAGGCUUCUCCGGUGCAGAUAUUGCCAACGUUUGUAAUGAAGCUGCUCUUAUUGCCGCAAGGAACGACUGCGAUUCCGUGAAGUUGGUUCACUUCGAACAAGCUAUUGAGAGAGUCAUAGGCGGUGUGGAAAGGAAGUCAAGACUGCUCUCUCCAGAGGAGAAGAAGACAGUGGCGUAUCACGAAGCUGGCCACGCUGUCUGUGGAUGGUACUUGAAGUAUGCGGAUCCGCUUUUGAAAGUGAGCAUAAUCCCUCGUGGACAAGGUGCACUGGGUUACGCACAGUACCUGCCCGGUGACAUCUUCCUGCUGAGCGAGCAACAGCUGAAGGACCGAAUGACAAUGGCAUUGGGCGGGCGAGUGUCUGAAGAGCUACACUUUGAGUCAGUGACCAGUGGCGCAUCUGACGAUUUCAAAAAAGUCACCGGAAUGGCGCAGGCCAUGGUAACCCAGCUCGGGAUGUCCCCCAAGAUUGGAUGGAUCAACUACCAAAAAAAGAGUGAAAACGACCUUACAAAGCCUUUCUCUGAGGAAACCGGAGACACGAUCGACUCUGAAAUAUACAGGAUCGUUCAAGAAUGUCAUGAACGGUGUACAAAGCUCUUGAAGGAGAAAUCUGAAGACGUAGAGAAAAUCGCUCAAUUGCUGCUCAAGAAGGAGGUCCUCACGAGGGAAGACAUGAUUCACCUGUUAGGUAAGCGGCCUUUCCCUGAGAGAAACGACGCGUUCGACAAGUACCUGAACGAAACUGAGACUGAGCGUAUCAAGAAGAGUGAAGAGCAAGAUGGGAACAGGCAAACGCCAGAUCCUGUAGCGUGA